UAUGUCAAAUCUCUAAGUACAACUAAUUAAGAAGCCUGAUGCCAAAUAUCCUAGAGUGAAUGAUGUUUUCUAAGUUAAGACAACAUCAACACCAACUGCUAAUCAACUUAAAGAUGGUGAAGUAUUGUUGGAAAAUCUAUACUUCUCAAUUGAUGCAACAAUGAGAGUAUGGAUUAGUGGGUAUUUAUUAUAAUAUUAAAUCAUAUUAGUGCUAAGACUUAUGUAGAUCCAGUCCUUCCUGGUAAUACUAUGUUUGGUUAAGCUGUGUCUAAAGUUCUAGCUUCAAAGAGUGAAAAAUUCUAAAAAGGGGAUUAUGUGAUUGGUCUUGUUAAUUGGACACUCUAUUAAAUUAUUAGUGAUGCCAAACUACAUCUUGUUAAGAGAGGAGGAGACAUUGAUGAUUUGACUGGAUAUUCAUUCUUAGGUCCAUUAGGAAUCAGUGGAUUGACAGCUUAUAUUGGAUUUGAAGCUAUUGGUAAACCAAAAGAGGGAGAAACUGUUGUUAUCUCUGCAGCUGCUGGAGCUGUUGGAGAAAUUGCAGUCUAAUUAGCAAAAACAUAUUACAAAUGUAAAGUUAUUGGAAUUGCCGGUGGUCCAGAAAAAUGUGAUUAUGUUAAGAAAUAAUUGGGUGCACAUGAUUGUAUUGAUUACAAAAAUGAAAAUCUUAGUAAAAGACUAAGAGAAUUAACACCCAAUGGAAUACAUGUAUAUUUUGAUAAUGUUGGUGGAGAAAUGCUCGAUGAAAUAUUGAUGCAUAUUACAGAUCAUACUAGAAUUAUUCUUUGUGGAGCUAUUGCCACAUAUAAUUAAACUGGAGGUAAAUUUAUUUUUAUUAUCUAUGUAGAACCAUAUAAAGUGAAGAAUUACCCUAGAUUAAUUAUAAAAAGAGCAGUCAUGUAAGGUUUCCUUUAUUUUGAUCAUCCUGAAUUAUUCAAACCAGGAUAAGCAACUAUAACUUAAAUGAUCAAAUAAGGAUAAUUGAAAGUAAAACAUAUCAUGUAAAUAUAUUUAGAUAAGAUAUGAUGUUCAAAACGGAUUAGAAUAAGCUCCAAAUGGAUUAGCUAAAUUAUUAUUAGGUUAAAAUAAUGGUAAAGUAGUAGUGAAAGCAAAAUCAGAUCAACCAAAGCUUUGAUU